AGCCUGGCAGCCCAAAGUCAUUAAUGGCAGCGGCGCCCUCGGUACCUUCUCUUCUCCGGCACGUUUAAUUAUUUCUACGAACGUUCCUAAUGUUUUGUCUUCAAUGUCAUAAAAAGUUAUCCAGAUGACGCGGAUUGGAGCAAUUGACCUUUGGAAAUUUCCAAGAUCGACUUGGUAUCCCCAUCCACGCAAAAAAAUGGGAAAAGAAAAUGUUGCAACCGAUUAUAUAUUUGAAGGCUCGGCCAUUACCGCCAGUCAAGUUUCCCAGACGAUAUUUCUCUUACUGGCACGUUCUCUUCAACCUGAAGUUCAAACCUCCGCCAAGUCUCCAUCUUAAUCCCAAAAUUUCUAUUUUCUCAGAAACUUAGAUCAGUUUUGGCACUACAGCAGCACUGCACAGACUGUUACAGAAAUUCCUAGAUAAUCGCAGGUCAUGUCGGCAUCAAGUUCAUCUCUUUUACGCCUUGCUCUUCCCGUUGGCACUUCUCCCAGAUACCCAUCUUCAUUUCGUAAUCCGAGUCUUCUUCCGAUUACCUCAAGACGCAAUAUCAAAAGCUGUUUUCUUGGAACGGGUCAGGGUUUGCAAUUUCUCAGCACCGGCUUGGGAGAUCUAAUCGUCAGCAAAACACACCUGUGGGAGAUGGCUGCCGGUAUCAGUGUACAACCUGGACCUCUUGUUCCUUCUAAUCCCUCUCCUGGCUCAUGGAAUGUUUGGAUUGCUGGAAUUCUUGCAUCAGUAAUUCUGCCAUUCUUGGGGUUCAAAUGGGGGCCAUUAAUGAAACUGAAAAGUGAAGUUGACACGGUGGUGCAGAUAGCGGAAGAUGUAACAGAGACAAUAGAAAGGGUGGCUGAGAAAGUGGAGGAUGUAGCAGAAGAGGUUGCCGAUCACCUUCCAGCCGGUGGAAAACUAAAAGAUGCUGCAAUGUUUAUCGAAAAUUUAGCCAGAGAAACAGCAAAGGAUGCCCAUUUAGUAGAUGAAGUGAUUGACAAGGUUCAAGAAAUGGAGGACAAAGUGGAGUCAUUCUUUGAACCAGCCGUUGAUCAAGGAAAUGAGAUGCCUACAGAAGUAAAUGGCCAACAAAAGUAAACAAGAAAUGACAUUACAUUUACAGCGCAGAUUGUAGGACUUGACUUAUAAUUUGAUCAACAGAAAAUUGAAAUGAUGUGCAUUUUAUUUUUUGCAUUCUUUCUCUUUUUGUAGCUGGAAUCCAAAGAAAAACCAGUGUAAAAUGAUGGAUUCCAGUCAUAACAUAAAUAAAGUACCAAAAUUUAACCAUCAGCUGAUGGAUUUUCAUUU